AUGUCUGCGUAUAACGGACGGCGAGGGCCCAACGUCUCUCGCUACGUUGCUGACCUCAAUAACAAUUCGGCCCUCACAUCUACGUUCGACCCUCUCGAGGCACCUGCCAACUUGGACGACGACCUCGCAGUCUUUGCAAACAGCGAUUUCAUCGACUGGAACGGGGGCUCAGAAGGCGGCUUCAAUCCCAACGCCUCCCUCGAUUUCCACUUCAACCUCGACGAGAAGCCUAAUCACUUCGACGUGCAGUGCAACUUCGAAUUUGCCGAUUUCUCGACCUUUCCCAACCACAUCGUCGAUACUUCCAUGCAGAGCGUUCCCCAGGUCGGCCACUACCCCAUCAACCACAACUUCAACUCUCCCGUCUCCGCCGUCUCUCCCGUCACACCCGGAUUCGAUCACUCCACAGGUACGAAGCGCAAGUCGGAACAUAUCGAUGAACAGGGUGAACCAGCAUUAGAUGAAGCCGCCCGUGUCGCCGCAGAGGAGGACAAGCGCCGCCGGAACACUGCGGCUAGUGCGAGGUUCCGAGUGAAGAAGAAGCAGCGUGAGCAGGCUCUCGAAAAGACGGCAAAGGAAAUGUCAGACCGCGUUAGCGUUUUGGAGACCCGGAUCCAACAACUCGAGACGGAGAACACCUGGCUCAAGGGACUCAUCACUGAGAAGAACAACGGAAAGGCAUCCAGCAAGGAGGUCAGCGCCAUGCUCAAGAAACACAUCGAGGAGAACAGCAGCGAGCGGAGUCGCGAUACGCACACUGACGGCGUUGGCACCAAGUCCGAGGACAAUUAA